UUUGACAGGGGAGCCUCCAGUUCGGUCAUUGUGCUGAUAGUAAACUUUUAGCUGGAGGAGGGUUUUGCUGAUCUUUAGCUUUUCAGCCCCUCCCAGCUCUGGGGAUAUCAUUUGCUGUCUUAUUGAGGAACAGGACUAGAUGGGACCAAAACCUUUCACAAGUUUUUCUGGCUGGCUGACUGAAGCAGCAACCCCAAGGGGAGCAGAGUGUAGUAAUUUAAAGAGAUACUCUCCUUUUUUAAUGAAGUGUUUUGUUAGCACUGAUCAGAUUCACUCAUUGGAGCCAGUUAAUGGUUUAAAUUGAGGAGGUUUGCAGUUUUUGUCUUUUGCUGUUGGAAUUGUAUUCAGAACAUCAUCAUGACUCUUCUUGGUUCGGAGCAUUCUCUGCUCAUUCGCAGCAAGUUCAGAUCAGUUCUACAGUUGAGGCUUCAGCAGAGGAGGACACGGGAGCAGCUUGCAGACCAUGGCAUUAUGCCUCCAUUGAAGAGCCCAGCUGUAUUUCAUGAGCAGAGGAAAAGUCUUGAGAGAUCCAAGACAGAGGAUUACUUAAAGCACAAGAUCAAAAGCAGACCAGAGAAGUCAGAUUUGGUCAAUAUGCAUAUUUUACAAGACUCCGCUGCCGAAGGGUCCUUACAAGCUACUCAGAUGAAACUGAAGCGAGCCAGGCUAGCCGACGAUCUUAAUGAGAAAAUUGCACUCAGACCAGGCCCUUUGGAGCUGGUAGAAAAGAAUAUCAUUCCCGUUGAUUCAGCUGUAAAAGAAGCUGCAGUGAAAGUGAAUCAUGAAAAGUUCCCCAAACAAGAAGACUCAUACACAUUUGAAGAAGACAGCAGCAGCGAUGGUCUGUCUCCUGAACAGCUGCGGAGUGACGAGUCUCAGGGUUCGGUGUGCUCGCCUCCAGAAACAAAGAGCCCUGAAGAGUCUCCCCCAGCCUCAGCAGGAGCUGCACAGGUAUCUCCAAAAAGAGAACUACAUGGAGAAAAUGAUUUACCCAAUAAUCAAACAAACCAAGCAGAAAGCCCAAUAAUGACAAACAAUAAGCUCACGUCACCCAUACCUGUCCCUGCUAUUGUGAAGUCAAAGGCGUGUGAUAAGAAUCGACACAAGAAACCCAAAGACACAAAGCCAAAGGUGAAGAAACUGAAAUACCACCAGUACAUUCCACCAGACCAGAAAGCUGAGAGGUCCCCUCCCCCAAUGGACUCUGCCUACGCCAGGCUUCUCCAGCAGCAACAGCUCUUCCUCCAGCUCCAGAUACUGAGUCAACAGAAGCGCCGCCACCACCCACAGCAGCACCAACAGCACUUCAACUACCAGCCCCUGCACCAGCACCAGCACCAGCUCAAGCAAUGUAAUGAAUCCUUGCCAAGGAACACGAAUGCGCCCACCAGCACUAUCUCAAGCAGCUCCCUGUCUCCUGUUAAGAGCACCUUUUCAGGGCAAUCCCAGAUCUCUCCGAUAAAGCCUGCGCCCUUACCUUCCAAUCUGGAUGAUCUCAAAGUGUCUGAGCUGAGACAGCAGCUGCGAAUCAGAGGUCUCCCAGUUUCCGGCACCAAAACCGCUCUCAUGGAACGGCUUAGGCCUUUCCAGGACCCAAACACCAACAUGGUACCAACAUCAAGCGAUAUCACAACAGUCACCUUCCCAGUGACUCCAGUGGGUUCCAUGUCAGGCUGCCAGUCUCAGAGUACAUCCAGCAGCAUGUCCAAUGGGUUCUACCAGUUUGGCAGCACUAGCUCCACCCCACCUAUCUCUCCGGCGUCUUCAGAUCUCUCUGUUAACGGCUCUCUACCGGACAGCUUCAGUGACGUCCAAAUGUCCUCCCCGCAGUUCGGCCUCCAGCCUUCCCCCAGCCAUCUGAGCGCAGACGAAGGUUUGAUGGGCAGUAUGAAUGGGGGCUGCAUGGACGGCCUGGUGGACGCAGAGAAGGACAAGAUGCUCGUGGAGAAGCAGAAGAUGAUCGAUGAACUCACCUGGAAACUGCACCAGGAACAGCGGCAGGUUGAGGAGCUCAAGAUGCAGCUGCACAGGCGCAAACGGAACCAUGGUCAGCAGGAGACACAGAUGCUGCCUCACCAGCAGCAGCACUUCUUUGGUGUUUCUAUCAAGCAGGAACAUGUGGCUUCCAGCUGCCCGCUGUUGUCCAAGCAAAUCAAAAACAAUCUACCCAGCAGCUGUAUGGAAAGCUUAAACUCUUGUGGGCCACCACAGAUCUCCAGCAUGGUGAGCCCCCACUGCUUGGAAUCGGCUGGCGUUAGCACCACUAUGUCUGCAUUCUUGAGCCCGCAGUGUUCCCCGCAGCAUUCCCCUCUCGCCAAGUCCACAAGCCUCCCUCCAUCCCCCAACAACCCCUACCUGCUGUCAGUCUCCCCUAGCACCCAGACAGGGGACAGUCGCAGUCAUUCACCGCAACAUAAUGGAAACAGACAACAGCCAGUCCAGAUUCCACAGAAUGGUGCUGGCCAGCCAGGAAAUUCUUGCUCCUAUUCCACAGACCAAAGGAACAUGCAGCCAGUGUUCCCCAGUGUUACAGAAAACAGUUUCAGUCGCAGGGAGCACUCUGCACCAAAUAGUCCCAAGAUGGCUAUAUUGCACUCUCCUGGGCACUCGGGUCAAAAGUUUCCCAUCUCUACUGUUGCCUUCUGUAGCUCAGACUUAAAGAUUAAACAACCCCCCUCCUAUGAAGAUGCAGUAAAGCAGCAACUGACUAGAAGUCAGCAGAUGGAUGAACUUCUAGAUGUCCUAAUUGAGAGUGGAGAAAUGCCAGCUCAUGCCAAAGAAGAACGGUCUUGCGUAUCAAAAGUGCCUCGUAUCACUGUGUCCUCAGGGAGCGCCAGUGUGCCUGUACAAAAAACUCAAGGGCCAUACAAACAAAUGUCUUCCUUUGAACAUGUCACCAGUAACCGGGACAACCACCUUGAAGCCUUAUUGAACAGCCCCAUGAGCAGGGCUAAUGAAAUUGCUCUGCUCAAAAUCGAGACUGAAGAUCCCCAGCAUGAAGGGAUGGCUGAUGGGUUUUCAGGCUGUCACCAAGAGGAACUGCUCAACACCCACAACAUGAUGGAGACCCCACUGUCUCCAGUAGAUGCCAGGAUAUCACCGUCAACAGCCGAGCGCCAGGGUUUGAACCUCGCUUUCAACGAGUCACCCUGGGAAACCAUGGAAUGGUUGGACCUUACACCCCCCAGUUCGGCAACAGGGUUUGCCCCUCUUCCAGUAACUGGUCCCAGUAUCUUCAACACAGAGUUCUUGGAUGUUACAGAUCUCAAUUUAAACCCUGCCAUGGACCUGCAUUUAGAGCAGUGGUAAACCUGAGCAUUGACAUUAUGAAAUCAUCCAAAAACACCAAAAUAGAAGGUAAACAAAGGAUGUAUAUAGCAAAUGUUUUAUUAGAGAACCAUCCUGUUUGAUAUCCAGAGCUAAAGAUACAGGAUUGUGUUGUAAUACAGGGGGUGUGUGUUCCUUUAAAAGGAAAAGUGAAGCAAAAAAAAAAAAAAACACAACCAGCCUUGAUUAAUAUCUCCAGUUGUGCUCAAGAUGUGCAGCUUUGAUUACUAUGCAGUAUUAUGUUAAAAAAAAAACGCUUGAGAAAAAAAUAUUUCUAUUACUGGAAACAAACUGAAUGGAAAGACUUUUGUAAAACUAUUGGCUAAGCAGUAGAAAUGUACACUAGUAUAAAGAGAUACUUGCUAACCAUAAACAAUUUGUACAUAGUAUACUUUUACUUUGGUACUUUGUAAAAAGUUUAUCAGAAAGUGGUUGAGGUCUACAUUGGAUAGACAGUGAGGUGUCUACAUGAGUUGCAACCCAGUUUUGGAACAGCAUCACAUAAAAUGCUGAGAGCUACCAAUUUGUUUUGUUGUUGUAAUUGUAUGAAUGCUCACAUUGCACAGUUAUAGCUUAGUAAGAUUUAUCACAGAUUGCAUUUUAUUAUAUUUUCUUUAGGAGUGAAAUUAUUUAGAAGCCAUUCCAUGUUUGCUUUUUAAAAAGAGAAAGAGCUAUACUACGUACAUGGACAAACAGUGUAUAAAAAAUUACAUUAUUUUUAUAAAUGGAAAGUUUUUCCAACUCACUUUUACAAAGGAAAAAGCUAUGCAUAUACAGCAAAUAUUAAUUAAUAAAACAUUACAAGUUUGCAUGUUUGCAAUACAACCUGUCAUCCAUCACAAAGAGUAUGGAGAAAUAAGUAGACCCACCCUUAGAACAGAGGAUGCAUGUGAAUAAUAUAAGAAAGGGUUACAUUUCAGAAUACUAGUGUACACUGACUAAUAUCUGUAAUUUUAAUUUAGAAUGUAGCCCCACACAUUUGUAUUCUGGGAUCAAAAUGUGUACCAAAGUAUUUAAAGUCUUGUGCCACCCCACCCCCUAACUUUACUCAAGUGCUGUGUUUCUCAGACUUAUUUAUUACUUUCAACUUUGUGUAAAUCUUAGACAUUCCUGCAGUUUCACAAUUGGAUAUAUCAAGCUUUAUUAUAACACUAACCACACAUAUUAGAUUUUAAGAAUCACAAUUGGAUGACCUGUUUUGUCUGUUUUUUUUUCUUCUUUAUAUUUGUAUAGAUUUCUUUUUUUCAUGUUUCUAAAAAUGUUGAAAGUAUUGAAUAAUUAUCUUAAAAGGUGAAAAAGGUCCAACCAAAGCAGCACUUCUUUCUUACCUUUCUGACAAUUGACAUUGUUAUUUGAGUUAGCAAAAAUAAAACCCAUUCCACAUGUAUGGAUCCACCUGGCUGUGGUACUACGGUACAUUGUUAAAAUGAUGCUGAAAAUCACCUGAAUGUUAAGAAUGAAAUACUGCAAGUCCCUAGGUCCUGGAUGUCGGUUUACAGCGCUGCUGUACCAUUUACAUUAAAAGGAUUUGAUGUUAAAAUGAUACAGCGGUACAAAAUCACAGACCAACAAGUAUUGUGAAACUAUCAAGAUGUAUUAUUUAGAUGUGGCUUUUACAAUACACUAUCAGCGUUACACUCUACGUUAUAGUAUUUUUAAUGGUUCUGGAACGACCGUGGCUGUGUCAUGUUUCAAUAUUCUUUCAUUUUGAAUGAGCUUAAUUCGUAUCAAUAAAAAUGGAGUAAAAUAAACCCAGUAUGCACCCCCAUCAAAUUACCUAUUAAAGAAAGGAGAAGGUGUUUUUUUCUUUCUUUCAGAUGUAAUUUAUGUAUUGGUGUCUUUUGCAAGAUAGCUUUAUGAUAAUCAUUUCUGUGAUAUGAACUAAUAUGAACAUGGUCAUUUUUUUUUCCCCCAGCAAUAUUUGUUUGAAGGUUUGAAGGUCUACUUUAACAGGUGAAAAGAACAAUAGAUAACAUUUCAUGUAAAAGCUCUUUACAAACUACAAAUAAAUUAAAAAAAUAAAGGAUUUUCUCUGCAGGUAUUAUGGAAACAUAAAACAGCUUGAGGGCAAAUGCAAAAAUAUUCAUAAUGAUGCUGAAGCAUAGACAUUUAGAAAAGUUGACUAUUCAUCAUUUUAAACACUCUUAAAUCUUUGUCUGAAUAUUGUAUGCAUUGAAAAAAUUGUUCUAUUACUUACCAAUCAAAUCUUCAGGCAUCCCUUUUUUUAUCAUCCUUUUUUACAUACAAACUGGACUGAUGGUGGUCCACUAUGAAAGGCGCUAUAUCAAAUAAAGAUUGAUUGAUUGAUUGAUUGAUAAUCAAGUACUGGAUGCAGAACACUAACUAUGAGGCUAAACUAUGGAAGGAUUAAAAUAAAAAAUAGAAGUUAAUUUGAGAGUUGGGUAAACACUGAAAGUAUGCUGCCCAAGUCCAGUUAACAAGCAACUUCAGCUAAUGUCUACAUUAUGCUCUGCAUUACAAGAAUCAAAAAGGUGUUCUCCUGGUUUACUGUUGAACUAAUGCAAGCAGUACAAAAUUAUUGCAUUAUGCAAUUUGAAAAAGGAAUUAAACUUCAUGAAUGCAUGUAUGUAUCACAGUGCUGUUGUAAUGGCUUCAUUUGGGGGUUUUCAACACUUAGGUCCAUAAAAGCUUUUUUAAAAUAUAUGUUGCUGCUAAACGCCUGUCUCAUUUAAGUUUUUGUUUGUGUGGAAUGGUUUGAGCUUGCCAUCAAUUUAUUAUGUUUCUAUUGAUGUCAAAAAUAAAAUACAGUGCUCCCCACAGCGGUUCUACGCUAUAAAAGGUCAGUUUCAAACAAGGAAGAGUUAAAACUCUUCAGUGGGAUUCAAUUUUAAGAAAAUAGCCAUGCUACUUAAACAAUAUAAAAAUGAUCAUUGAACAAGGAUAAUAUUUAACAGAAAGGUACGACAUUGCUACUUGACACACCACCGUUACAGGUGAACGCCACUUGUACCUCAGCCAAGAUGAAUGAUUACAUACUGUACAUUAACAUCAGCACACCCAUAAAAUCUGCCAAAGGUCUUCGUGCUAAAAGAAUCCUGAAUCACUUCUGAACUGCCAUUUCAUUUAACUGUUGGUAGCAAGUGGCCUGUAUCUGGACAUGACUUCCAAUCGGAACAGGCUAGAGAGCCAUUGUUACAUUUCCAUGAACGAGAGUCCUUCCCAGCUGUAGCUUUGUUUUUGCACUCUGUAAAUACUGUACUUUGAGCUUAUUGUGCUGUAUCAUACAGAUUUUGGCUAUGUGUAUAUAAGCUUGAUCUAAACUUUAAACCUGGUUUUGGCAUUGUGUGUUCUUAAUAAAUCUUUUAUGAUAAAA